AUGGCGACUUUUAUGAGACUGGGAUUUAAAUCAGCCGCUUUGAGCUUGGAGAGAAAUGCGGCAGUAUUUUCAAACUCUUCCGUCCAAAAUUAUGUAAAGUUGAUACACACGAAGGUGUCAUGCAACGGGAAGGUGUGUUACUUGCAAACGUUCCAAGAUCAGAGAGAUCUGGAUGUAGACCGAUCUGGUAUGAUGAGGAGGUACAGCAAGCAGCACGGCCGGCCCGAGGAAAACAGGAGGAAAAACUACAGCGAUAGCGACUCCGACUCAGAUACUGAGUGCAAGGGAUACGAUCGCUCGGAGUUCUGGCGUAGGAAAAUGCGUACAGUACAUAAUAUCCUUGACGUUAACAAGGAUGGAUUGAUCUCAUUCAGCGACUUCCAGCUCCUAGCGGAGAGAUUCAAGUCCUUAGGACAUUUAGAUGAUAAACAGGCUAAAGAAUUUACUGAUAUUAUAAAGUUAACAUGGGAGGAACAAUGGGGACCCAUAGACCCUUACAAUUUCGUAACUGUCGAGCAAUACUUAGAAGACAUGCAUCACGUGCUCAACGAUAAGACUCAGAAGAAAAGAGCUCAUCGCUGGCUGCCAUAUUUGUUUAAGGCGGUUGACAAAGACAAAUCCGGUUAUAUAUCAGUGAAUGAGUUCAAAUUGUUCUUUAAAUGUCUCGGCCUGACAAACGAACACGCAGCUGUUGCGUUUGCAGUUAUCGACAUUAAUGGGGAUGGCAAGGUGUCUAUGAAGGAAUUCGUUAAUCUCGGAAAAGAUUUCUUCUACACUGAAGAUGAAUCCCGAGUAUCCAAAAUGUUUUGGGGCCCGUUGUCCGAAAUAUGA